CUCGGUACCGGGCACCGGGACACGGCGCCGAUCCGGGGCGGCCCCGCGGAGCUGAAGUGCCGCGACCCGGCGGUUCUGCCCCGAUGUCGCGGCUCCGGGGACCGCAGGGAAAGGGCGUUUUGUGCUUUGAGACGGGAUGGGAGAUGGCAGCGGUAUGUCCCGGAUAACGGGAUCAGAGCGGGGCCCGUGAGCGCCGUGUGGAGCCGUGAUGGCACCGGGCCGCUCGCUGCUCCGUCCCUUUGUCGCCGCUGUUUGCAUUGGAGCCGCAAUGCGAGUUAUAAAUAACGCUGCUCACCCAGAGCCCUGAGUCACCGGGCGCCCUGCAGGGAUCAGUGCAUUGAGACACCGAACGGGGUGUGAUCAUCCCGAUGGCCAAGGGAUGAGCACCGGGCCCGUGUGGGGCUGCGGGGUGUCCCUGACACCAGGGAGCUUUGGUUCCAUCCAUGGGGGCACACAGCACUAUGGGUGGGCUCUGAGCAGCCUCAUCUGGUCUGGGGCAGCCAGCGUGGGGCUGGGGGGGCUUCAAGGUCCUACAGGCCAUUCUAUGACUCCAUGAUUCUAUGAACGCCCCCAUCCUGGCCACGCUUCACCCCCUGCACAGCCGGCCCCCUGCUGCCUCCUUUUGUGUGUCUGACCCUGCCCGCAGCAUCCCUUGCUGGUGGCUCCAACACGGUGCUUGUGUCCCUGGGUACUGUGUUCUUCUGUGCCAGCAUCCCCAUGAGUUGGGGAGGGGGAUGUUCUGUGCCCCCCUGUGGGUCAGGAGCAGGAGGAGGUAGCGGACGGGUGACAGCUGGCUGGGGGAUUUACUGAGGGCAUUACCUAAUGCUGUGGGUAAACGAAGAAACAGUGGCUAAUUCUGGAGCCCGUAAUCCUCUUCCUCCCCCAGGGAUGGGGAACGUGCCAGUCAAGCAGAUGCCAGUGCCCCAGGGAUGAGCCCCAGCCUCUCCCCGUGAGCUGCAGCCAUUCCCAGACCGUGGGUGAUGUGCAAGAGGCCACAGACACGGGGCACCCAUGGCCAGCAGGGCACCCAGCUCCCCGCUGCAAAACGAGGCUGCUCUGCAGCAACCCAGCGCCCUGCAGGACUCUCCCAGCCCCCCGCAUCCUCAGGGGCUGCUCUCCGUCAUCCAGAGGCUGAGGGGGUCCCCAGGGCAGGAGCUGCGCAUCGUACUGCUGGGGCUGGACAAUGCAGGCAAGACCACACUCCUGAAACAGCUGGCGUCUGAGGAGGUCAGCACCAUCACCCCUACCCAGGGGUUCAACAUCAAGAGCGUCCACUCGCAUGGCUUCAAGCUGAACAUCUGGGACAUUGGUGGGCAGCGCGCCGUCCGACCUUACUGGAGGAAGUACCUGGGCAGCACCGACCUGCUGAUUUAUGUCAUCGACAGUGCAGACCAGAAGCGCUUUGAGGAGACGGGGCAGGAGCUGGCGGAGCUCACAGAGGAGGAAUCUCUGCUUGGGGUCCCACUGCUGGUAUUUGCCAACAAACAGGACCUGGUGACAGCAGCACCUGCGGCUGAGAUUGCAGAAGGGCUGAACCUCCACAUGUACCGGGACCGAGAGUGGCAGAUCCAGGCCUGCUCUGCCCUGUCUGGAGAAGGACGGAAUGAACUGGAUUUCCAAGCAGAUCAUGAGCAGGAAGAAAUGAGAGCUGCAAAGAGACGGAGCUGCAGGUCACUGAGCUACACCCCACACAGCACAAAGGCCUGGGCAGGCCCUGAGCCUGCAGCCCACACUGCGGGGCUGCUCCCCAUCCAUCCUCCCUUCUCUCCUCGUCUUUAGGGCCGUCCCUGUGGGGCCGAUCUCAGCCCACAGCUCUGUGCCUCACACACUUCCCAUAUGGGCACCCUCAGGGCCGGGUUGGGCAGCACUGCACCUGUAGGCC